CAUCAUCGCUCGCUCGCUGCUGGUUCGCUCACUCUGCGCGACUGCGGUACAGUGGCACCACCAGGGAAAAAAUCAGUGACCCGAGUUUCGAUCGCGUGAAAAUUUAGAAAACUGCGGUGAAAAUGUCCAUUUUGGUGUGGAAAUUUAGUGCACAGUGCUAGUGGGAAUGCCGCAGCAGUGAUUGGGCGUGCAGUUGGUGCCGACACGAUCCGAUUUCCUCGGUUUUCUUUGCGUUUCCGUCUCCGGUGGCCGUGUUGAAAUUUUUUUCGCUUUUUUUUUCUCUUCAUCCUUCAUACUUGGUUGGUUCGGUCGCGGUGUGCGGGGAGUGCUAGUGCUACUGCUACUGCUGCGUUUUGGCUAGAACGAGGAAAGUCUCGAAACGGGAACCAUUUUCAGAGGAAGCGGAAGGUACGAAGUCAGUUUUAAGAAAAGAAAAGUGCAUCAUUAAUACCCAAAAGUAAAAUCAGACGGAAGAAAGUUUUCUUGCUAGAAGUGAGAGACAGAGAGUGGAAGUCAAUAAAACCGACCGAGAAGAAGAAGCAUAACAGGCAAAAGAAGAAAGACACCGAAUCUGCUGAGUCGGAACGGCGAAACGACCGAGACGACGGUUCUCUCUCGCUUUCGAGAGCCAGCCUAGGCAGCGUGCGGCCGUAGUGUAGAGUAGUGACGUGAGUGAGUGAGUGAGUGCGAGCAGCACUGAGAGAGAGCAGCAAAAAAUGUCGGGCGAUCGAGAAAUUCCGGCCGAGGAUAGCAUCAAGGUGGUGUGCCGUUUCCGGCCGCUGAACGACAGCGAGGAACGGGCCGGAUCCAAGUUCAUCGUCAAGUUUCCCUCGGGACAGGAGGAGAACUGCAUCUCGAUAGGGGGUAAAGUGUACCUCUUCGACAAAGUCUUCAAACCGAACGCCACACAGGAAAAGGUUUACAAUGAGGCUGCGAAGUCGAUCGUCAGCGAUGUGCUGGCUGGCUACAACGGGACGAUCUUCGCCUACGGUCAGACUUCGUCCGGUAAGACGCACACCAUGGAGGGCGUCAUCGGCGACCCCGGCAAGCAGGGUAUCAUUCCACGUAUCGUCAACGACAUCUUCAACCACAUCUACAGCAUGGAGGUGAAUCUGGAGUUCCACAUCAAGGUUUCCUACUACGAAAUCUACAUGGACAAGAUCCGGGACCUGUUGGACGUGUCCAAGGUGAACCUGAGCGUGCACGAGGACAAAAACCGAGUGCCGUACGUGAAGGGAGCCACCGAGCGAUUCGUGUCCAGUCCGGAGGAUGUGUUCGAAGUGAUCGAGGAGGGUAAAUCCAACCGGCACAUAGCGGUGACGAACAUGAACGAACACUCGUCCCGGUCGCACUCGGUGUUUCUCAUCAACGUCAAGCAGGAAAAUCUUGAAAACCAGAAGAAACUUUCCGGCAAACUGUACUUGGUCGAUUUGGCCGGUUCGGAAAAGGUCUCGAAAACGGGUGCCGAGGGUACGGUGUUGGACGAGGCGAAGAACAUCAACAAAUCCCUGUCGGCCCUGGGCAACGUGAUAUCGGCGCUGGCCGACGGCAACAAAACCCACAUCCCCUACCGUGACUCGAAGCUGACGCGUAUCCUGCAGGAGUCGCUCGGCGGUAAUGCACGCACCACCAUCGUCAUCUGCUGUUCGCCUGCGAGCUUCAACGAGGCCGAAACCAAGUCGACGCUGGACUUUGGACGGAGAGCCAAGACGGUCAAGAACGUGGUCUGCGUGAACGAGGAACUCACAGCCGAAGAGUGGAAGCGACGGUACGAGCGGGAAAAGGAAAAGAACGGCCGACUCAAGGGCAAGGUGGAGAAACUGGAGGCCGAGCUGGCGAGAUGGCGAGCGGGCGAAACUGUGAACGUCGAGGAACAGCUGGACCUGCAGGACGUCAUGGAAGCCAGUACGCCCAAUGUGGAAGUCCUGCUGGAGAAACCUGCGGAUUUACCGGUUCCUGCUACGCCAAGCGGACUAGCCAUGGUGGGUUCCAUUUCGGCGGACGAGCGAACAGCACUGGAGCAGGAACGGGAACGCCUGUACCAGCAGCUGGAUGACAAGGACGAGGAGAUCAACCAGCAGUCGCAGUACGUUGAGAAGCUGAAGGAACAGAUCAUGGACCAAGAAGAACUCAUUGCGAACACCAGGCGAGACUACGAGAACCUUCAGGCGGAGAUGACCAGGAUCCAACAGGAGAAUGAAAGCGCAAAGGAAGAGGUUAAGGAAGUAUUGCAAGCUCUCGAGGAACUGGCUGUGAACUACGAUCAGAAGUCACAGGAGAUCGAAUCGAAGAACAAGGAAAUCGAUUCGGUCAAUGACGAACUGUUGCAGAAGCAGACCUCGCUAAACAGUGCACAAUCGGAGCUGCAGCAACUGAAGGACAUGUCUGCGCACCAGAAGAAGCGAAUCAACGAAAUGCUGAGCAAUUUGCUGCGCGAUCUUUCCGAGGUCGGACAAGCGCUGGCGGCCGACCAGAACGAGAUGAAGCUGAAUGUGGAAGCAUCGGCCGGAAAGCUCGAGGAGGAAUUCACUGUGGCGAGGUUGUACAUUAGCAAGAUGAAGUCCGAAGCGAAGAACGUGUCGCAGAGGUGUGCGAACUUGGAGAACCUUCAGCAGGAAGCGAACAAGAAGGUCGGCGACUACGAGAAAGAUUUGAGCGAGUGUCGAUUGCUGAUCUCGCAGCAUGAGGCUCGUAUGAAGUCCCUGCAGGAAUCGAUGCGGGAGGCGGAGAACAAGAAGCGUACCCUGGAGGAAAAUGUGGACGCCCUGCGGGAAGAAUGCGCCAAGCUGAAGGCCGCCGAGCAAGUUUCGGCCGUAAAUGCCGAAGAGAAGCAGAAGGCUGACCAGCUGAAGGCGGCGUUCGAGAACCAGAUGGACCAACUGCGGGACGCCCACACCAAACAGGUGGCCACGCUUCGUGAUGAGAUUUCCGAAAAGCAGGAAUUCAUCAACGAACUGAAGGACACGAACCAGAAGCUAUCGCUUGCCCACCAGCAGAUGACGGCCGACUACGAGAAGCUUCGCCAGGAGGAGGCCGAGAAGUCCGCCAAACUGCAGGAACUAAUGCUUACAAACGAGCGACGAGAGCAGGCUCGUAAGGAUCUCAAGGGACUGGAGGACACCGUCGCCAAGGAGCUUCACACGCUGCAUGCCCUGCGGAAGCUCUUCGUGCAGGACCUUCAGGCCCGCAUCAAGAAGUCCAUCAACUCGGAGGAAACCGAAGAUGACGGCGGCUCGCUGGCCCAGAAGCAGAAGAUCUCCUUCCUGGAGAACAACCUGGAACAGCUGACCAAGGUGCACAAGCAGCUGGUGCGGGACAACGCAGACCUUCGCUGCGAGCUGCCCAAGUUGGAGAAACGCCUCCGGACGACGAUGGAACGGGUCAAGGCCCUGGAGACGGCCCUGAAGGAAGCCAAGGAAGGUGCAAUGCGCGAUCGCAAGCGCUACCAGUACGAGGUGGACCGCAUCAAGGAGGCCGUCCGCCAGAAGAAUCUGGCCCGGCGGGGACCGCAGGCUCAGAUCGCGAAACCGAUCCGUGCCGGACAAGGACACAUUCUGUUCAAGACGGCCACCUCCGGCAGUUCACCGGUGACACCGAAGGCGGUGACGGACGACAAGAGGAAAUCAAUCGUGAAAGAAUCCGACAGUUGAAUCGACUAAGCGCAACAACAGCAUGCGCGGCUUAGCAAACAAGCAUCUCUCAAAGAGAAACCACAAACUGCUACCGUUUUAGCGCUAAAUUUCCACGCUGCAAUUAUUACUAGGAUAUCUACAUUAUGGAUAUUUAACUGCUUACUUAUACAACAAACUAGUACUACAACUACUACGGCGACAGCAGAGUACACAACUACAACUGGACGGAAACGUGUGCGUGUGUGUCACAUGUUACAAUAGGGUGGUCCUCCACGCGCCCUUUACAAUGCUUCUUGUAGACGGCGGUGUUGGAGGAGGAGGAGCAAGAGAAGGCGAAGCAAGGUACUAUCUAUUAUAAUUUCAGCAAAGCAACAUUGUGCAUGGGAAAAUUUUACCGCCACAGAGGCAACACAAUUUACUAGAGAUCCACUGAUAAAAAGAAACCUAUUUUUUCCUGUCCUAGAUGUUUAAGCACCAAAUACAAUUACGAAUAAAAUCCAAUUUAGGAAAAAAAAAAUACCCGACAUGAAUAAAAGAUUUGGCUUGAAUAAAAAAUUGACAAAAUGAACUUGGGAAAUUUAGCGUGCAUGGAUGCAAAUGGCGAAGCGUAGCGAUAAACAAUAGGCUAUUGUACCAAUUCUAUUUAAAAUGACGCAGCAUGUGCAACUAAUAUUUCUGAGCGAAAGCAGUGUAAACCAACAAACAGCUAAAUGAUAAAAAUGAAGAACUGUGUUUAAUACAAUUAAUCCAUCGCUUAGAGGUCUUAAAAAAACGAAUGACCUUGGCUAUAUUUGUGCUAAAAUGCUACGAAUCAACGAACAACAACAGAUGCACACUCAAAUUAAAAAAUAUGUCUCAAUAAACGAGUCGUUGAGAAUCCAAUCGUAACUUGCCGAGUCUCGGUUCUCCGAAUCUUGGCAAGUUUUACUGAGACCUCGGACACCGAGAUGUGUUGAGAAACAAUACCGAGCUCUCGGGUUUUGGAUUCUUGCCGAUUACUUUAUUGAGAUUAGCAAGAAGAUAAACUCGUAGCUUCAUUAAUAACAACAAACGCUAUUUAUUAAAUUAUUGCUUAUUUUAAACAACAAACAAAACGAAUACAAAUCAACCAAGGUUAAUAAAACAAGGAGGGACUAAAAAGCAUCCACCGCACGCAUUCACUCACACAUAAAGGCUACAGUAAAAAACACAAAUCGCCGCUCGAAUAGCAACUUUUAAAACUGCGAACGGAAAUUCUUUUUGUUUUCAAAACCACGUCGUUUCGUUCCAUUCGGUUCGUCGUAUAGCACACGUAUUUAGUUGGGUUUCGGGAAACGAGUGAUUUUCUUUUUUAGUUUAAUUUUAUGUUUGCACACGUGUAAUCAAAAGAAAAAUGUUUUGUUCCUUUUUAGGUAAAAUUUUCAAGUAUUGUGAAUGAUAUAAGAAUGAUUUGCAACGGAUCAUUUUAUACAAAAAAAAAGUUUUCCCAAAGUUAUUUUAGAAAUCAUCGAAACAAAAAGUGAAAAAUUCAUCAUAAUUGCAAAUCGCACAUUUACCCACCAUAUAUCAUUUAAUUUUGUUUCGAUUUUGCUUAACAUUCAUACAAACAGUAGACCAUUUUGUUUCAAUAUCAGGCCACGCGCAAUGGUAGGAAUAAUACUAUAAAAAACGAGUCAGCUUCAAAUCAUCAUCGUUGCAAUACUCUAUGGCUUAAUUGCGAAGAAGUUAAAAAAAAAACUCAGAAGGCCGUUUCCAUGGAGAACUUGUGUGUUGCUGGGUUUCUUUGUGAUUUUAGAGCGCCUGCUGCUGUUCUCGCAGACUAUCCGCUGUUGAAAGAUGUAAUCUGGUAGAAUCUGCCGGCAACAACACGAUAACUAAUAUUUAAAAUAUAAAAAAAAAUGAAAGAAAUAUAGAGAAGCUAAAACAAGACAAAGAACCACUUCUGCUUAAAA